AUGUACAUCACUCACUUGGAAAGAAAUAUGGGCUGCCCACUCCCACCUCCAGAUCCAUGUCGGAUCACCACCCCACGAUCAGUCGUGAUGCGCACUCUCACUUUCAUGUCACUGGUCCUCAUGAGAAACAACAUUUAUGUGGCAGUUGACGAGCCAGAGGGUCCUCCACUGACCGCACCUGUAGGUACCGGUGACAGAUCGAGUACCAAUACUAGUAUCGGGGGAGGUGCAGAGGGCACAUCAGGAGCCGAAGUCCACCCGACCAUUACCAAGCUCUACCAACUCAACCAGCAGAUAUUUCAACAAAAACAAGAGAUCUUGAGGCAAAACACCCAGAUACUCCGCCAGCAACAGGAGCAGCAUGACCAGCAUGUUACCCUCUCUGAGGAGGUCACUAGGCUCAGUGACGCUACUGAGUGGCUGACCAAUAACAUGCGUGACUACUGGUCACAUCACAACUAG